AUGGAAACAUUAGAAGAACAACGUGUGUGUGUAAAAUUUUGUUUUAAAUUAGGGAAAAAUUCUAGUGAAACUUUUAAACUUUUGAAGCAAGCUUUUGAAGAUGAUGUUCUGUCUCGGACAAUAUGUUUUGAGUGGUUUAAACGGUUUAAGGAAGAUAGGUCAUCCACUAAGGAUAACGUGGUAGACCAUCGACCAGUAAAACAAAUGAAAUUGUUGCUUGUAUCAAAAUAUGUUAGCACUGAAAGCAUUCAAAAUAAUACAAAAUUCAAGACACCUAAAGUAGUAGUUAUUGGUGGCGGUUUUUCUGGUUUGAGUGCAACGAAACACCUUAUUUGCAAUGGCAUAAAAGAUGUUACAAUAUUAGUAGGUGGACGAUUAAAAUCUAAGUGGAUAACAGAUACAAUUGUAGAACUUGGUGCGAGAAAGAACAAUUUUCAAUGUGCAGAACAAAGUACAGCAACAUCUUUUGUUUAUUUAAAUAACAGAUUUAAUUGGCUAGAAAAUGAAUACUUGAAAAAUAUUAUGACUUUAAAUGAUUUGGAAGGGAUGUCAACGGUUAGUAUUGUAAGAACUAUGGAAGCUGUCGAUAAUACACUGAAAUCAAUUGAUACUAUUAGAUCAUUGAACGAAAAUAAAACAUAUGGAAAUAUGGCUACAGUUGCAGGAGUUCGGUUAAAAAAUAUUAUUCAAAGUUUUCCAUUAAAUGACAGAAUUAACGUUGCUAAACUGUUUACGGGCGUAGUAAAUGCAUACUUAAACGGUAAAGCCAUACCAAAAUACUACACAAACGAAGUUGAUCUUUUUACAGAAAUAGAUGAUAGUAAUAUACGAGUACCUGUUGGUUUUCAAGGCUCAAUUGUUCCAUACUUUGAUUAUAUUCAACCGGAAAACGUUCUACUAGAAUCACCAGUUUCUAAAAUAGUUUGGGGAUGCACUGGUACUAACGACCCUAACGCUGUUGUUAAAACACAAUUCGGAAAAGAAUAUACUGCAGACUAUUUUAUUUUAGCUAUACCAUUAGGCGUUCUUAAAGCUAAAGUUCAUGAUAUGUUUAUACCAUCAUUAAGUAGAGAAAAACUGGCAGCUAUCGAAAAGCUAGAUAACUUACACGUAAAUAAGGUUUAUUUUUCUUACAAUGUGCCUUUAUACAGUUGGUAUGAAAAUGAAUUGUUUAAUAUGGAAUCAUUAGGUUGGGCUCGAGAUGUAAAAACCAUCCAAAAAGUACCUGGAAGUGAUUACGUAUUAGAAGCAACUGUGGUAGGCCAAGGAGCAAAAUUUAUGGAAGACUUAACUGAUGAACAAGUUAUGAAUGUAAUGAACGAUUUUGUAGCCGAAGGACACCCUAAUUUAAAAGGAUCUUUACCGUCUAUAAUACAAAUGGUUCGAUCAAAUUGGUCAUCUGAUCAAUUUUUUUAUGGUGGUAUGGUUGAAUCAAAUAUCGAGAUCCAAAGAGAAAUUUUAAAGGCAGAACCCGCCACUGAAGAAAUAAGAUCAAUAUUAUAUUUUGCCGGUGAUUAUACAUGUCCUGGUUUAUCAUCAAGUGUUAAAUCUGCUAAAAUCAGUGGUGUCAGAGAAGCAGAAAAUAUUUUAAAAUACACUAAGCAAACUAACCAAACUAAACAUAAACAUUAAAUUCAUAAAGUAAAACAAUAAUUAUAAAAUUUCUAAUUAAUAAAAAAAAAUUGAACCAAUUAACCAAUAUCACUGUCCCAUAGAUUAAUGUUUUAUACUAAACAAAUCGUCUUUAUACUUCCAUUUAUAUCAUACUAAGGGCUGUAAAUUAUAUGCAUUUAUAAAUUUUGUUUAAGCUACUUUUAAGGGUCUCAACUUUGUCGUUGGAUUAUAUAGGAACGCAGAAAUAUUUGUCGUUUUAUAAGAAUUAACUCAACACCAAACUA